CAAUGCAGUCAAUAACAUGAUAUUGUUUGCUGUGUCGCGAUUUAGAACAGCACGAGUUUCAGUUCGCUGUGGUUCUUUUAGAUGUGCAGUGCUCUUCUCCCUCACUGUUCACACAGCUACAAGUUUUAAUCCACCGCCUGAUUGCCGUUGAACAGCUGAUAUGUUUUUAGUGGUGGAACGUCAGGCAUUUUAGAGAUUUCCUAUGGUAUUGGCUUUGGAAGGGGAGCAGACAAAUCAGUGAGCGUCCAUCGUCAUGUAUUCACUGCACGACAUUACAAGUGUUUGUCCAAAACUCGAACCUAUCGGCUCUGAUGAAGUUGACUGUCGGGAAGUAGAGAGUAUGUACCCUCAAAACCAUUCAAACGGACAGGUGGAACAUUAUGCUGUUGUAUCCCCUGAUAACAACAAUUCUGUAGCCAUGACGACUACUCGCCUUGAUCAGUACAAAAAGACGGCCAAUGUGGAUACGAGUAUCCACGAAGGAACGACGACAAACGACUCGAAUCCUUACGAUAUGAAAUCGAUUGGUGUCAUGGAGGCACAGCUGCCAGAGCAGGCUUAUCGUGCGAGUGGUUCUGCAAUUGAAAUGAGUGACGGACAGAUAUUGAACGUGUACACGGCUGUUCCAGUUUAUGAGAACGGUGGCCAUGAAGUGUAUUAUUAUUCCGUGGGGAGUCAAGACAGGGGGGUAGAUACUCAAGUGGGGACCGGUGGAACGCAUGGUUACCCCUCUGAAUCCUAUGAGGGAAUAACGACCAAACAGGCGGGUGCUUCCGAGGGAUUUCCUGCUUACCAAUCAAAUACGUACGGCACACUGCCAUCUGAUCAGUUGGGCCCUAAAGGAGAGGUGCAAGCUUAUAACAUGGUUAGCCAAGAGAAAGCACCGCUUUACCAAAUGAAUCCAUACAGGGGUACCCACAGGGCGUUGACAACCUAUGAGAUCGGAAUUCAACCAAAGCAUUCUUGUAGCUGUUCCUGUCAUCAUCAGUCCACUCCAGCUUCAUCGCAUAUUCCCGCCUUUGGUUUGAGAAAUGAACGCCCGUCAGUCAUCAUGGUUCCUGCCAGUUGGAAUGGAUUGAUUUCGGAUGUUACUGGAAAGGUUGAGUCAUCAGUCCAAGGCAUCAGAGUAGAUCAUCUCCAGCACCAGGAAUUUGAUGACAUGGACGAUUCUGAUUCAUCAGAUGCAGGUGAUGAAGACGGAAAACCCGAAAAGUAUUUUCGAAAGAACAUCGAUGGAACAACCGCAAGAUUUAAGUUGACGAAAGAAGACUGGAAGAGAAUUCCAAUCAACACAUUUCCAAGUGGAGGCCGAUUGUUGAGUGGGGACUGGACUCGAAUCUUUCUCAGCAAAGUUAAAGAAAGCAACCCAUGGUGCAGUUUGCGCUUCAAGAAUAAUCACGUGAGAUCAGAAAACUCGCGGAAAAUCCACUCAGCGGUGUUCUUCAGAGGAGGAGCGGAAUGCAAGCGACCAGAGUGUAACGUGAAAGUGAGAUUUGUCAUCCGGAAAGAAAAAGGAAAACACGUGGAUGUGACGUAUGUGGGUGAUGUGUGCCACAACAGUCAGCCAGGCGGAAGUGACGUCAUAAACGACAAGAAAAGAAAAAGAUUUGUUCGCCGUUCGCGUUUUUCCCCCACUCCUGAAGAUGAGUGAAGUUGACUUUAAUAUCAAACAAUAACAACAUAAAGCGGCUGACAACAUUUAUAUUUUCACGUCUUAAUUAUAACCAAAUAAUAGACGAACGUUUAUGUUUAUAUACAUGGCUAUGCUUUCUACUAUUAAUUAUACAAAUUAGUAUCGAUUUGUUAACCCAGUAGUGUACAGGAUUGUUCACAGAGAAAAUUAUAUUUAUUCCCAAAUCAAGUAUUUUUCUAAACUUUUCGUAUUUCCAUUAUACGAUUUUGCGUGUAAGAGACUGAUUUUAGAAUGAUCAGUCAUUGACAUCAUAGGACAGAUAUUUUAUACUAUUGAUUGUAUUCGAUGAUUUAUAAAACCUUAGUUAAGGUACUAUGUGGCUUAUGUAAAGGUUUGGUUAAGCGUUAAUGAAUAGAUUUUAAAAUACAUUAGUCUAGGAUAGCUUGAAAUUUGCUAGUGUAACAUUUUUCAGGUUCUUUUAGCUUAAAUAGGUUUGAAUAAAAGAGUACUUAUAACAAAAAAAGAUCUCACAAUAUACCGUAAAAUUAACGUGGUAUACAUUGGAUUGAGUGAGGCAAACAGUUAACUUCCUUUACUUUUUCAAAUUAGUUUUGUGUUAGUAGAAAAUGAAAUAGUAGCGUCAGAGAAGAUAAAAAUGCUGAGUAACUUUAGUUUACUUUAGAGUGAGGGUUGUUUUUGGGGCGUUAGUACUUCUUAUCGAACUACUUCGCCGGUUGCUUUAGUGUAAGUUAUUCGCACGCGAGUGCCGUGAUUGAAAUCAUCACAAGCUCAAGUUUGAUGUUUUUUUGUAUAAUGAUCAGUUUGUGAAGGUUGUGUAAAUGGCGCUUUGCUGUUGUUGAGGAAAAUAAUAAAAAAACAAGUUUGAAUUA